AUGGAUUCAAUCCAAGACAUGGAUGGAGGUUCCAACUCUCAUCACCAUGAGAUGAACAUGGCAUCAAGCAAUAACCUAAUUAUCAACACAAACUCAAUGAACCCUGCUACUACUCUAGCCUCAGCAGCAGGAGUAGCUGGAACCUCAUCUUCUUCUUCUUCUUCAUCUCCAGCUUCCAGCAGCCGCUACGAGAACCAAAAGCGGCGUGACUGGAACACCUUCGGCCAAUACCUCAAGAACCACCGCCCCCCGCUCUCUCUCUCCCGGUGCAGCGGGGCCCACGUCCUCGAAUUCCUCCGCUACCUCGAUCAGUUCGGCAAGACCAAGGUCCACACCCCCAUCUGCCCCUUCUACGGCCACCCGAACCCUCCGGCUCCCUGCCCCUGCCCACUCCGCCAGGCAUGGGGCAGCCUCGACGCCCUCAUCGGGCGCCUUCGAGCCGCCUUCGAAGAAAACGGAGGCAAGCCCGAAGCCAACCCGUUUGGGGCUCGAGCCGUUCGACUUUACCUUCGCGAGGUUCGUGAUUUGCAGUCGAAGGCAAGAGGUAUCAGCUACGAGAAGAAGAAGCGGAAGAGGCCACCUUUGCCGCAGCAGCUGCCGCCUCCCCCACUGCCGCCGACAGUUCAUCACCAUCCAGGUCAAUAA